UGGGGUCUCGGUGGAAAAAAUAACCGCUUCCGUGUUGUUCUCUACGGAUAAAUAACAACUGAGGAUUGAACAAACUGCAGAGUAAUACUAUAAUGGUUUUAUAAACUGCUACGACACUGAAGAAUCACCGGUCAAAAUGUCGUCAGCGCAAGGCACAAAGAAAAGGGACAAGCGAAUUUUAUCAGGUAUCUGCCCAGAUUCCAAAUGCCAGGCGAAGCUAUUCUUCCCUGCUUAUGGCUCAAUUAGCAUCGAAUGCACUGAAUGUGGCCAGCGUCACGAGCAGAAGAAUCUUUUGAAUGUGGAAGAAGUAACCGACCCAGAUGUUGUGCUUCAUAAUUUACUGAGAAAUGCCUUACUCGGUGUUACGGGAGCUCCGAAGAAGGGCACGGAGCUGGUCAAAGUGAUGGGUCUCUCCAACUACCACUGCAAGCUGCUGUCACCGAUUCUCACCCGUUACGGGAUGGACAAACAAACGGGGAAAGCGAAACUGCUACGGGAGAUGAAUCAGGGCGAGAUCUUUGACUGUUCUUUGCUGGGCGGUAGGGCCUUUCUUAUCGAACAGGAGCACGUAUCGACAGUUGGUUAUGGUAAGGACAGAUCCGGUAGCCUUAUAUAUCUCCAUGACACUUUGGAGGAGAUUAAGAAAGCCAACAACAACAAAGAAUGUCUCAUUCCUGUUCAUGUGGACGGAGAUGGCCACUGCCUAGUCCAUGCUGUGUCCAGGGCGUUAGUGGGUCGCGAACUGUUCUGGCAUGCAUUAAGAGAAAACCUCAAACUUAAUUUCAAACAGAAUCUAGACCGCUACAAGGCUCUCUUCCAAGACUUCAUUGACACAGCAGAAUGGGAGGACAUAAUCAAUGAGUGUGACCCUUUAUUCGUCCCCCCAGAGGGAGUCCCACUCGGAUUGAGAAACAUACACAUAUUUGGGUUGGCAAACGUGCUGCACCGUCCCAUAAUCCUCCUGGACUCUCUCAGUGGUAUGCGAAGCUCAGGUGACUACUCGGCCACGUUCCUUCCAGGCCUGGUGCCUGAGGAGCAGUGCCGGGGAAAGGAUGGCGCCCUCAACAAGCCCAUUUGCAUUGCCUGGAGUAGCUCAGGCAGGAACCACUACGUCCCUCUGGUGGGCGUUAAGGGUAUGCCACUGCCCCAGCUGCCUACAGAGCUGUUGCCCAAAGCUUGGGGUGUUCCGCAGGAGCUUAUCUGCACAUACGUGAGUCUGGAACCCUGUGGAGGAUGCAUGAUUGGGGGUGACCGAAGCUUGCAGGAGAAAUAUCUGCUCCGUUUAGUUAGUGCCAUGGAGAAUGUCUUCAUGGAGAAGCAUGGCAUCCACCCUGCGCUCGUGGCUGAUGUUCAUCAGUACGUUUACCGCCGUACAGGAGUGAUCGGCAUCCAGCCUGAAGAGGUGACUGAGGCGGCAAAGAAGUCAGUGCAAGAGAAUCGUCUGCACCGCUGUCUUAUUUGCGGUGCGCUGUCUGAGCACCAUGUUCCUCCUGAGUGGCUGGUGCCUGGUGGGAAACUCUACAACCUGGCCAAAUCCACUCAUGGCACUCUCCGGGGGGACAAGAACUACAGCUUCCCCCUGAACAACUUGGUAUGUUCCUACUGCCCUGAGAGGGACACGCUGCUGCCUGACUACAAACUCAGCUCGCUUUCCACCUGCUCCUGGUGCCAUGGAACCUCUAUGCGGCACGUCCAUGGUGACGGAUCAGUGGUGUACCUGGAUGGGGACCGCACCACUACACGCUCGCAGGGAGGGAAGUGCGGCUGUGGCUUUAAACAUUACUGGGAGGGAAAGGAGUAUGAUAACCUGCCAGAGGCGUUUCCUAUCACGCUGGAGUGGGGGGGCCGUGUAGUCCGAGAGACUGUUUACUGGUUCCAGUAUGAGCCAGACCCAGCACUGAACAGCAAUGUAUAUGAGGUGGCAAUGCGCCUUGUCACCAAGCACUUCCCUGGAGAGUUUGGCAGUGAGAUUCUGGUACAGAAGGUGGUGAACACCAUCCUGCACCACACAGCCAAGAAGAACCCUGAUGAAUACCACCCUGUGGCCAUAGAGGCUGCUCACAUGCAGGGCCAAGGACAGGGUGGAGGAGAGGUGGUGGAGUCAGAUGCGAACCCCCCCACAAAGAUCAUCCUAACGGGUCAGAAGGGCCGCACGCUACAUAAGGAGGAGUUGGUGAUGAGCCGAGCUGAGAGAAGUCUGCAGCACAGCAUCAGCGAGCAGGCAGCUCUGUCCCAACGCAGACGCACACAACGCCAGCGUAUGCAGGACCAGAGUGCAGAGCCACGCCCUGUCUCCCCUGCCUCGUCCUCUUCUUCCUCAGCUCCACCAACACCUACAAAAGCCCCACCCCCCAGCGGCGAGAAGAAAAUCCGUGUGACAACGAGUGAUGGGCGGCAAGCAAUGCUACAGCUGCAGGCCCACACCACCUAUGCAGAGCUACAAGCAGCUAUCGCCCAGGCCCUCAACCUGCAGCCCCAUCAGCAGUGCAUCCGGCAUGGCUUCCCCCCUAGGGAGCUACUGCCCCCACCGCCUGAGCAGCAGGACCUGCCUGUGGCCCUGCAGCAUGGAGACCGCAUCACUGUGGAGGUACUGAAAGAGAAAGUCUUGGACACACAAACACAUACUGGGUCUGAGACGCACACAUCAGAUGCUCAUACCCUAACAGAGCCCCGGCUCAGAAGGACCAGCAGCCGAGAGAUGCAGGACAACAUUGACCUGGAGAUGUCAUCACUCUGUCUCCUAGCAACGCUAAUGGGUGAAGAUGUGUGGUCAUAUGCUAAGAAGUUGCCUCAUUUGUUUCAGCAAGGAGGAGUCUUCUACAACAUUGUCAAGAAAGACAUGGGUCUGAUGGAUGGGAAGCACUGCACUCUGCCACACCUAACCGGCAAGACGUUUGUGUUCAACGCAGCAGAGGAGCGUUUGGAGCUGUGCGUGGAUGCAGCAGGCCACUUCCCUGUGGGCCCUGAUGUGGAGGACCUUAUCCAGGAGGCCCUUUCCCAGCUUUGCUCUGAGACCUCCUCUCGCAGCCGUGAGGGAAGUCCCGCCCACAGCCUUAAGCUAGGCAGCGGUGGGGUAGUGCGCAAGAAGGAGCAGACCGUCACGGCUUUCCAGGGCAAAGGUCACUCACUGGGGUCUACUCUUGAGCACCGGCCAAUCAGGCGGCAGCACAGCAGUGGCGUGGACCUGAGUGGCAGCGCUCGUGGAGAAGGGCUGACGUUGUCAGGGGAAGAGCUUGUGCGUGUGGCUCCAGGCAUGCUCACCCUGCGUGAGGGGCGUGGCGGGGUGGAGCUAGAGCCAGCAGCAAUCGAAGCUCAGAGGCGUCGUCUGCAGGAGAUGGUGUCAAACAUACAGGCCUCUAUGGACAAACACCUACGGCAGCAGACGACAGCUGCUGCCACUAGCGCUGCAACCACUAAGCAAGAUGGGAAGGAGGUGGAGCCGGAUGAGCAGGAAGAGAUGGAGAGCCAGGGGGCGGAGCCUCCAAGCACCUCUGAGCCCAUGGACCAGUCCUGAUGAAGUGUGAUCUGUUUCCCCACACACAUGGCUUUCUGAUUUAUGUAACGCACACAUACAUAGAAAUGUUGUUCACGCACACUUAUACACACAUCCUACUAACCGAAAAACAGUGCAGUCUGUUUACUGCUUUGUGUGUGUGUGUGUGUGUUUGUUGAAUGCAUUCCUGAAUAACUGUUGAGUCUUAAAAGGCUUUGGAGAUGAGCAAAAGAGCUGGUUAAAAAAAUGUUCAAUUCUAUUCAUACAUGCUUCACAUACAUGCUUUACACAUGCUUCAGUGCAGAACACACUAACCAGGCUUACAGAGUGUGUGUGUAGAUGAAUGUGUAUUAACUGAACCAAUCUAAGUGCAUCUGAAGCGUCCUGUAGCAAUUUCUAUGUACUUCUAAAGGAAACACACAAACAUGCCUCCACCUUCCUUAGCUGGUGUCAGAGUAGUAUUUGUGUUAGCAUGGUGAGGCUGAAAGGAGUAAUAACUGUCUUAAUCUGGUACAGAGGCAUCAUUCAGAAGGCACUCGGAAUAGUACUGAUUAUUAAGAGGUGUGUGUUUUGCCCAGUGAUAUUAAGUAUUCUUAAAAGUAGGAUUUGGUGUAUGUUCCUGUGGACUGGUUUUGGAUUAAAAUUAGCACAGUCAGUGGGAACUUUGUACUGGAGAUUCCUACUUCUCUCGUUUUACUCUGUGACAAGACUGGAUUUGUGUGUAUGGUUAAAAAAAAGGAAAAAUGAUAGAAAAUAUUGCAAAGAUAUAAAUGGGACAAAUCACAUACAUAAGGAAUUCAUAUUUAAUUUUAUUCACAAUGCCAUUUUUCAAAAUGUUUCUUUCAAUGUUGAUUUUUACUUUAAAAUGCUUAUGCAGCCCAGAGAAGCUAAUACUAUGGAGAAGGUCUAGUAAUUUUGAAGAUGAAGAUGAAGGACAUUAGUUGCUUUAGGUUUGACUGAAUGGUUAAGACUGGUAAUGCUUGUGCAAUAAAAUACAGCUUUAUUAAAGCUUUUAAUUUUGCGUUAAAUGUGUAAAGGUGCAGCUGCAAAGAUUUGCUAAUAGGCAGGUGUUUUGCCAUGGCUAGAUUCCUGAUCUUCUGGUGUUCCUACUCCCCACAUAGGGGUUGAGCUGCCUUCUAUCCUGAUCAGUUAAACCUUAAAGGAUGCGACUAGAGUUAAGGAGGGUUUUGUUUACAUUUGACAAUGGCAUGGUGGUCCUGUACACAUGUUGCCAUUGCUCAUACACAUACACACCCACACAGCCUUAACAAUCAAUGAGGUUUACCUACAACCCACACUACACACUGUUAAAUGCACCCCCUUUCCCUGCCCCAUUUUUUUUUUAGAGUUUGUUAUUUAAGUUCCCAUUAACAUGCUGUGUACUUCAAUGCCUCCAGUGGAGUUUCCUUUUUUUUAGCAUUUGAAGCUGAAAGGGUGUUCCAUUGCUUUUUAACCCUUUUUCCACUCAUGCCUCUCAGUGCAAAAGAGGAUUGGGGUAACUGCAGAAUAGAAGUGGCCUAGGAACCAGACCCAGAUUUAAGUAUUAGAUAUGGCUAGCUUGGUAGCAAAAGUAAAAAAAAAAAAGACUUUUCAUGCUUGAUGGCUUUCCACUGUAAGCAGACUAGCUCUCAGAACAAAUAACAAUAAUAAUCAUCCCUAUCGGACUGGGAAGGAUAGUUAGAAUGUUUACUAGCACUGCUCUUGAAUAUUGGUAAUGAUUUGAUCAGCAUUAAGAAUGAUUCAAAAGAAAUUAUUUAUUUCAAGUGGAUACAAACAGUUUGUUUCUCUCUGACUGUUGGCAUGGUGGCCUGUAAGUUGUGUAUUAUAAUAGUAUAUAUUGUACUAUACUUUAUCCUGUACAUAUAUUCUGGUUGUUUUUUUGGUUUGUUCCUCCUCUGUUUGCCAAUAAAGUGGUUUAAAGAGCCCACACAGCUGAAGUGUUUGCAGUUUGCAUGUGCAAUGAAUUUUCAGCCUAAUAACAAAUAAAGUUAAUGCCUCUCUGCAAAA